CCAGGGCUGCGGGCAGAACCCACGCGGCUGCGAGAGCGAAGCGCGGCCGCCCGGAGACACCACCCCACCGCCGGCUCGCCGCAGUUUGUUUGACAGUUGCCAGACUAUGUUUAAACUUCUGGUUCUACUCAGCCACCUGUCCAUAGUUACCUUCGCAUUUCCUCAUUGCACAAGUCCAAAGGAUCCCAGGCAUGCGAAAGAAGAAGUCUUUAGAUCAAAAGAAGAAGCAAACUUUUUCAUACAUCGACGCCUCCUGUAUAAUAGAUUUGAUUUGGAACUCUUCACUCCCGGUAACCUAGAAAGAGAGUGCAAAGAAGAACUUUGUAAUUAUGAGGAAGCUAGAGAAAUUUUUGUGGAUGAAGAUAAAACGAUGAAAUUUUGGCAGGAGUAUUCAAUUAAAGGACCGACAACAAAAUCAAAUGAUAACAGAGAGAAAAUCGACGUUAUGGGCCUUCUGACUGGAUUAAUUGCUGCUGGAGUACUUUUGGUUAUCUUCGGAUUACUUGGUUACUAUCUUUGUAUCACAAAGUGUAAUAGACAGCGACAUCCAAGUUCUUCAGCCGUCUACGUAAGGAGAGGCAGGCACACUCCCUCCAUCAUUUUCAGAAGACCUGAGGAAACCAUCUUGUCUCCAUCGCCACCUUCUGUGGAGGACACAGGAUUACCUUCUUAUGAACAGGCAGUGGCACUGACCAGAAAACACAAUGUUUCGCCACCACCUCCGUAUCCUGGGCCAACAAAAGGGUUUCGGGUAUUUAAAAAAUCUAUGUCACUCCCAUCUCGCUAAGCCCAAUCUUGCCAUCUUGGUGGUAUAGGGAAUUUAUGUUACUUGAACGGUUCAUUCUCCCUGAAUCAAAAAAGACAUGUCAGUCCAGCCCUUUAUGACAAACUGCAGGGAGCAAAGGAGGAAUAAGCACUGUACUGGAUCAUGGAAGUUCUGUCUGCAUCUUAGACCUGAACUUGAUCAUUAUCAGCUUGAUAGGAAACUUCAACUCCUUAGCCUUGCAGUUAAGAGCAAAGUGCUUUUUCAUAAAGUUUGUUUUAAUGGUUCAAAAAAAUCUGUUUUAUUGAUGGCAUAGUUACAACUGGUGAAUAAUUUGUAUCCUUUUGUACAGAUAAAAGUUGUAGACCUCUUGUGUUGAAUAUGAAAAAAUGUAAGAAUUUUUAAUCAUUAGAUUAUUCCUAGUCAUGAUAUUGGACUCAAUCUUUAUUGGGAUUUGUUUUUGGUUGGAGAUACUUCAUAGAAUUUGAUGUUUCAAUAUAAAUUGGUGACCUUAAUAUAAUCGUUUGGUUUUUUAUUUUAAAUUAUUGCAUAGCAUUUACCAUACUUUGUAGAUUUUAGUUGUUAGCCGUUGUUAUCAGUCAUAUUUCAUUAUGGGGAAUGGGGUUAGUAGUUUUCUUUUAAAAAAAAAUGCUACUACUUGACAUGGAGUUAUUUCUUCAGAGAGUACAGGGUUGCAAUGGCAAGAAUUUGCAAGGAGUGCUACGCUAUCAAAUAAAUAAUUGGGCCUCAGAUCUAGGAGUGACUAGAACUUGAUACAGUUGCCCAUAUUCACUCAUCUUUUAGAGCUAAAUUAUCUGUGUAAAACUACAUGCAAUUAUCUUGAAAAUGAUUUGAACUCUAUACAUAAUACUUUGAGAAUCUGGAAAAAAUAAUUUUCUGCUACUAAAAAAUAUUGAUUAAAUUUACCAUCAACCUCUUGCAUCUGUUAAUAUGUCUGAACACAAAAGAAAAACAUCCUAGAUAAUCAUUUUAACCUA